CCCCUUAACUGCAAUCUAUUCGAUAGUCAUUCGAUUAUCUCCAAACUCCCUAGGCUUUUUCCAUUGCAACUUUUGCAGGGACUCCACAGACAUGUUGGCAAUUAGCUGAAGUAAACCUGCUAUUUGGCUCAACUUUUGAGCCAAAACCAAUUCUAGGCCGGGGCGGUUUAGUUGUACACAUUUCUCAUCUGAUCGUUUCUCCCGAGACCGGUAACUACAGCAAACCCCUGGAGGAGAAUUUCGAAUCUUUUGCGGACUGAUGAACCGGGCACGCCAGUAAUGCAAGGGACGGCGGCUCAAGAUGGCAGAUUCUUACUGAGUUCUGAGCAAAAAUCUCGCUUGAUUUUUUGCCAUGAGUGACAGAAGUCCUUGCACCGAUGGCCCCCGUAUACGAAGGUAUGGCCUCGCAAGUGCAAGUCUUCUCCCCCCGCGGCGCCCAGUCCAGCGCCUUCUUUAGCGUGAAGAAGCUGAAGGUGGAGCGGAGCUGCCGGUGGGACAUGACCGGCUACGUCGCGCGCGGCAAAGCCUACAGCCAGAGCAGCAAGAAAAACCCCCCGCCCGCCGCCGCCGCUGCCGCCGCCGGGCCGGGGCUCGCCGCCUCCCUCCCCUACGAGCAGGCGCUCCUCUUCCCCGCCGGCAGCGGAGGCAGCGCCGCCCCCGCCCCCGCCUCCUCCUCGUCCUCCUCCUCCGCCUCCUCCUCCUCCUCGGGGCAGCCGCUGGGCGUCGGGGGGGCGGCGGCGCACAACCUGACCCGCCGGAGCACCGUCCGCCUGCUGGACACCUACCAGCGGUGCGGCCUCAAGCGUAAGAGCGAGGAGUUGGAGAACGACGACGGCGGCGACGGCAGCGUCCAGAUCGUCGACGAGCAGCCGGCCAUGAGCCAGAACGCCCCGCCCGCCGCCGCCGUGGGCCCCGCCUCCACCACCACCACCACCGCCGCCCCGCCCCCCACCACCGCCGCCGCCGCGGGGUCCAAGAACGGCGGCUCCGGGGGCGAGGGCGACUACCAGCUGGUGCAGCACGAGGUGCUCUGCUCCAUGGCCAACGCCUACGAGGUGCUGGAGUUCCUGGGCCGCGGCACCUUCGGCCAGGUGGUCAAGUGCUGGAAGCGCGGCACCAGCGAGAUCGUGGCGGUGAAGAUCCUGAAGAACCACCCGUCGUACGCGCGCCAGGGCCAGAUCGAGGUGGGCAUCCUGGCGCGCCUGAGCGCCGAGUGCGCUGACGACCACAACUUCGUGCGCGCCUUCGAGUGCUUCCAGCACAAGGGCCACACCUGCCUGGUGUUCGAGAUGCUGGAGCAGAACCUCUACGACUUCCUCAAGCGGAGCAAGUUCAGCCCGCUGCCGCUCCGCUGCAUCCGGCCCGUGCUGCAGCAGGUGGCCGCCGCCCUCCUGAAGCUCAAGGGCCUGGGCCUCAUCCACGCCGACCUCAAGCCCGAGAACAUCAUGCUGGUGGACCCCGUCCGCCAGCCCUACCGCGUCAAGGUCAUCGACUUCGGCUCGGCCAGCCACGUCUCCAAGGCCGUCUGCUCCACCUACCUGCAGUCCCGCUACUACAGGGCUCCGGAGAUCAUCCUGGGCCUGCCCUUCUCCGAGGCCAUCGACACGUGGUCGCUGGGCUGCGUCGUCGCCGAGCUCUUCCUGGGCUGGCCGCUGUACCCGGGGGCGUCCGAGUACGACCAGAUACCCCACAUCUCUCAGACCCAGGGUCUCCCCCCCCGUAAAGGAAAAUUAAAAAUACUCCCCGCGGGAGCGGGGGCCCUAAGGUGUUUUUUUGGGUCGCCCCUGGGAAAUGAGGCGGGGGAACCCGGGGAGAAGGCCGACCGGCGGGUUCGGGACCUGCUGACCAAGAUGCUGACCAUCGGCGCCGACAAGAGGAUCACGCCCGGCGGGCGCUUUAACCACCCCUUCGCCCCCCCAUGCGCCCCCCUCCUGGGCUUCCCCCACAGCGCGCACACCUCCCACCAACCUCACCAUGACCUUCAACAACAGCUCAACACGGUACACAGCCGGGUUUUAAACUGCCACCAGCUCAACACGGUCCACGCCAGCCCGGGCGCCGCCGUGGCCCCCAGGAGCCUGCUGCAGCCGGCCGCCCCCCAGCUGUGCGCGCCGCCCGACCCCUUCCAGCAGGCCCUCAUCGUCUGCCCGCCAGGCUUCCAAGGCCCCGGGCCCCGCCCCAGAUCCAGUCGGGCGCUGCGGGUGGGGAACCCUUUCCCCGGGACGCCGGGAGCUGCCCCCCGGACGCCCAAAUCUGACCCUCAGGGGACCCACGGCCCCUGCUGGUUUUGUGCCCCCCAAUCAGGGACUGAUUUAAGCCUAUCAGCGUAUCAGGCCUGGGUGGACCAGACUGAGCAUUGCUACUGUGGAGGAGGCACCCUGCGGACGUGUGUGAGUGAGAUUAGAGUGGAAUUAUCAGGCAGCAGAAAGGAGUGUGAUGGAGGCUCUCUCUCUGUCUCCCUUCCCCCCCAGCAGGCCUGGCCCAGCGGCACCCAGCAGAUCCUCCUGCCCCCAGCCUGGCAGCAGCUGGCCCACACCUCCGUGCAGCACGCCACCGUCAUCCCCGACACCAUGACCAGCGCCCAGCCGCUGGCCAAUUGGAGGAGCUCCCAUCCCCACGGCAACCACUACAGCUCCGUCAUGCAGCAGCCGGCCCUGCUCGCCGGCCACGUGACCCUCCCCUCCGGCCAGCCCCUGAACGUGGGCGUGGCCCACGUGAUGAGGCAGCAGCCGAGCGGCAGCUCCUCCUCCAAGAAGAGCAAGCAGCACCUGGGCAACGCCAGGAACGUGUCAGCGUGUGAGGUCACUUCCUCCCAGGCGCUCCCCUCGCCGCAGCGCUCCAAGCGGGUGAAGGAGAACACACCGCCCCGCUGCGCCGUGGCCCCCAGCGCCCCCCCCGGCCCCCCGCGGCCGCCUGGGCCCCCCCCGGCCUGCGGGGGCUGGGACGGCCCCGCCUCCGGCGCCGCCCGGGACCGCCGCUGCCCCCCACCCCCGCGCCACACCAUCGUCAUCCCCGACACGCCCAGCCCCGCCGUCAGCGUCAUCACCAUCAGCAGCGACACCGACGAGGAGGACGCCAGCGCCAGCGCCGCGUCCAAGCAGAGGAAGGACGUGGUCAGCUGCGUGACGGUCCACGACUCGCCCGCCUCCGACUCCUCGCGCGGCGGCGGCAGCGGAGGGAGCCCCCGCGGGCCGGAGCAGCCCCGCCCCGCCGACGCCGCCGGCUUCCGGGCCAAGGGCGCCCGGCCGGACGGCCGCUACGACGCCGACCCCCGCGCCAUCGUCGUCCCGCCCUUCAAGGCCCCGUCCGGCGAGGCUCCGGCCGAGUGCGAGCGGCUGCUGCCGGACACUGUGACCCACCAGAACUCCGCCUACAAGUUCAAAACUACCAACGGGAUGCUGUCGGGCAACGGCCUCCCCUCGGGCGGCGGAGCAGGGGGCGGGGCUUACCGGCAGCAGCGCUCUGGGCCCCACCCCUUCCAGCAGCAGCCCCUCAAUCUCAGCCAGGCGCAGCAGCACAUGGCGUCCGAGCGCGGCGGCGGCCACCGGCGGCAGCAGGCCUACAUCGCCCCCACCAUGGCGGCGCAGGCGCCGUACUCCUUCCACCACGGCAGCCCGUCCCACACGGCGGCGGCGGCGGCGGCAGCGGCGGCGGCGGCCGUGCACCAGCAUCUGGCCUCGGCGGCCCACCUGCCGGGCCAGGCCCACCUGUACGCCUACGCCGCCGCGCCCGCCGCCCUGGGCUCGGCCGGCGCCGUCGCCCACCUGGUGACCUCGCAGGGCGCGGCCCGGCACGCCUACCCGCCGGGCGUGGUCCACCAGGUGCCCGUCGGCGUGGCGCACCGGGUGCUGUCCUCGCCCGCCCUCCACCCGGCCCAGUACCAGGCCCAGUUCGCCCACCAGACCUACAUCAGCGCCUCCCCGGCCUACGCCGGAUACCAGCUGAGCCCCGCCAAGGUCAACCAGUACCCUUACCUCUAGAGCGGGCCCGACGCUGGAGCCCGCCUCUCUGCUGCUGCUGACCCCUCCCCCUCCCCCUCCCUUAACCCCACCCCUCACACACCCGCUCCCUCCGCGGGAAGACGCUCGAUAGCGAUGGCGGAGAAGAAAACGCACGCCCCUCCCGCUGGGUUCCAACGAAAGGGGAGAAAGUAGGGGGGGGGGAGGAAAAGAUGAAUUUUUUUCCCCCAAAAGGGCCAGUUCGUUGCUUUUGUUGUUUUAUUUUUUUAGAGUCUGAAUCUGAAAUAUCGAUUUUUUUAACAGAAUUUGAAGGCGAUUGGGUGGUUUUUUUUUGUUGUCGUUGCUGUUUUUGUGGUAUGGUCACCUCGACGAGCCCCUUAUCGAAAACAGGUGGAAAUUUUUUUUUAAUGGAAUUUUUUUGAAUUCUCACCUCUUUUUUUUGUUUUCACUUUUUUUGUUUUUUUAAGGCGACGAAAAUCAGACUGACUGAGAGGUCAGAGAACUGGACGCGUUGACCUCUGGUGGGGAAAAGGAAUGAGGUGAAAUACGGAUACCUGCUGCUCUUCAAAAAAAAAAAAAAAACUAAACAAAAAAAAACACACACAAGCGAUGGCCUUGAACUGUCUUAACCAUUUUCCAAAUCAUUCGCCCGGGGGGUGUGGACGUUUCCCCCCUGGCUCAGAAGAACGAGUGGAGGAGCGAGUUCAAACGAAAGACAAAACUUUUUAGCGUAUUUAUAGGCUUUAUUAUUAUUAUUAUUAUUAUUAUUAUUAUUAUUAUGUGUGCGUCAGAUUUUAGAUCCUUUUUUCGGGGCAGGAGGUUUUUAGCACGGGCCCCUUUGAAGCCGUUUGCACCCUUUUUGGAUUUUGUGAAGAGCGUCUCUUUAUACCAAUAGAUCUGUGUGUGUGUCUCUCCUCUCUCCAUGUGAUUGCACAAAAGUGGUGACGAUAACGUAGGCGUGUACAAACGUGACUGUCCGUGUGAGUACCCUUCCUUCUUAGCCGGUAGCAUCGUUCCCUCGUAGUGCCUUAUCGAUCUUACUGACGCAGUUUUUUGCAAGUUUACUGAGCCGGGAACUCUUGGAACCAACGGGGGGGGGGACAUUUGGAAGGCGGACCGAAGGCUCCUUCCCUUCCUUGCUCGUCGAGACGGAACUUCCAGGCGUACGCUGGGCCCUGUGAAGCCGCGGCGUUGGCUACUAGCGCUUGGCUAACGGGAAAAAAUGUAGAUGAGUCGAUGGUCAUUGUUGGCGCUCCUCAUUUGUCGUGCAUGAGAAUAGCGUCCUGUGUGGUUUUUUCGUGCUGUUUUAGGUCACUUGCGCGGAAGGAAUAUUUUUGCGUUGGGUAACGAACCAAAGUCGCCAUUUGGAGAAUCGUGGUUUUUUGUUCAAAAGAAGCCAUCUUGUGUUUUUGUGUUCUGUGCGCGCGAGCGUGCACUUGGGCCGCGCGGGCUGGACGCUAGCUGUCGCGGAGGCGUUGUAAGGCUACGUUGUAGCUCUGAGCUGAGCGUGUCCUCUGGAGUCCGUCGAAUGCACCUGCGAAUGGCCGACAAAAGGCUAAAACGCUAGCAGGCUAAAAAAAGCGGUCUGAAGCGGUCGCCGAGGCCGGGGGAGACGGUGGAACGCGGCCCCGGGUCCGAGCUGAGCGACGGAGCGAAGAAGUCAAAGAAGAUGCGGGCGUGGGCUUGACGGGCAGGAAGUGACGUCCUAGGGGCUGACUGGAGCGACCGGUGAUAGUGCGGCGUGCGGGACUGCGGAGCGCCGGGGGGGGGGCGGUUGGGGGCGCGGGACCGUGAGGACAGGUGCGAGGGCCGGUUUGAUCAAGGACGGGUGUGAGGGCUUGGGAAGGACGAAGGGAAAUUCUGCGUCUUAACGGAACUCUUAAGAAUAGCUGUCUUACUGGGAUUGAGCAGGUCUGUACGAACGGGCCCACAGGGGGCGCUGUCGGGCCGUGUGGCGUUCUCUGUGGGGGGUGGGGGCGGUGGGUGGUUCAUCUGGAGAGGAGCUGGGGAAGGAGUUAGGUUUGGAGCGUAGCGAGUGUUCUGUGUAGUUUGUCCCCUUCGGGACACCGUCGUGGGUCUGUAGCGCACGGGUUGGAGGGGGCGUGUUCCGUCGUCGCCGCGAAGGUCUUGACCGCGAACCGCCUCUGGGUCCGCGCGCGUCGCGCCCGUCCGUACGCGAUGCGACGGGAAAGGGGCCGCCUGACUGGUCGGUCCGAAGCUUCUCGUCCAGGCGGCACGACGCGACGCGACGGGGGAGCUGUGGUCUGUGGUCUCUCCGGUCCGUGGUCCCUUCGGUCUGUGGUCUCUUCGGGCUUCGGUCGGUCUCACCGUAGGCUUUAGGGUCCGUUUUUUCGGGAACCAGGAACAGGAAGUGGGCUCGAGGGACGCCCCGGCGCCAUUGGCGCGUGACGCGGGGUUUAUUAGGCCCCGCCCCCCCCCCCCUUUUCCCCUCGCAUUUUGCCAUAGUAGUUUUUAUUAUUUAAUUUCAUCUUAUUUUGUACACAACUGGUUUUGAGUUUUAACGUUUAGAGGUAGGUUGCGUUAUUGUUAUUAGAGAUUGUUGCAAUAAUUCUUAUCGACAUUAUAUGAGUGUGCGUGCGUUUGUUUUGUGUUGUUUUUUGUGUUGUUCUUAAAUUAAUGCAAUUCGUGUCUUCGUUCAUAGUCGAAGUAAGAUGUUCUGGGAAGGAAAAAUGACCCGAGCGAUCAGUGCUGCUGUAAGAUGUUCCAGCACCAAUAAUAAUAAUAAUAAUCAUGAAUAUUAAUGAGGUUGUUAAUGAUGCUAAUCGAACGGGGGCCCUGAUAGGUGGAUAGCUGCACAGAGAGCUCCAGAGCAGUCUCGUAUGCCCCCCAAACCAAAAAAACGCCCUCCUCGCCUGGAGCAGGAUCGGUGCCCCAUUUUCCUCCCUAAUUUCUGGGGUGCUUUUCUACGGCGUCCCCAGCAAUUUUCAGCACUGCCUGUUUGUCAACUUCUGCCACCCCCCCCCACACACACACACACACACCUUUUAUUGGCUUUCCAUAGUGGAUACAGAACAGCCUGGUGAAGCACAUAGUCGUGGGAGUCAUUGUAGAACAAAGAACAACAUUCCACUUUGCCCACUGCAUGAUGGGAGAUUGCCUCCCCCCCCCACCCCCCUUCCCCCUCCCAUCAUGCAACGGGCCACACAGGGACAAGGUCGCCACUUUUAAGGACCUUUUCUUCCUCUUCCGUGCGAAGACCAGCUUGCGGCCUGUUGUCAGUCAAAGGAAACCGGCAAUAGCAAGUGUGUGAUUCAUCUGCAGUGUGUAUACACACACACACACACACACAGAGUCAUUUUGUACCUACACCAAGUGUCACACUUUUAAAAGACACAUUUAAGAAAAGGAGAGGUGGAACUUUUUUGGCUUGCUCCACCUCACGCACCUGGGUCCGCUUACCCGUUCGUCGGUACGCCUGCAGGCACCAAACACGCGCGCGAAACACACAAGAGCCCUGCCAAAAUAAGAGUUGCCGCAUCAUCGUUUCAGCGGAUCCUUUUCUGGAAGGUUCUCGCCCGGUUCGCUGUGGCCACGCCCAUCCUUGUGACGUCACUGUCAAAGGCUAACAUCUGUCUCACUUCUCAUCGUUUAAUCUGGCCAAUCACAUUAUUUCUCCCUGAAGCUGGUAACUUUUACCAAAAUGAAUUUUCACGUGAACAGUAAUUACAUUUUUAACUGACGUGCUUUAAUUUGACGUGAUAUCUUUUAGCUUUUUUAAAUUUGUCAACAAAAAAAAAUAUAUAUCGUUUUACGAUAGAGUGCCAUAGCAGUCGCGUGUGGGGUGAAAUUCAACGUAACAAUAAUACCUUUAAAUAAAUGGUCACUAGUAUGAAACGAAUGUUUAAAAAAUGUGAAGCUGGAAUAUUUGAGAGGCUUUAGAUUUCUUUUCCUCUGUGGUGAUGAUAAUCAGAAGUGUAGACGUUAUAUUUCUCGUUUCUGUGCUGAACGCAUUAUGGCACCACAACGAAGGCUAUACGUUUGUACCGCCCAAAACAGCUCCACGUUUGUUUUGUGAUAUUGUGACAUCUCUAAUUUGAUCUCAGCUUUGAGAGUAUGUUUAAAAAAAAGAGUUGUGGUUUGUUUCUUUUGACACCUUUUCAUUGUUUUUUUUGCCCAAUGGAAGCUACGCUAGAUUUGUAGAAGCUGCAAGUAGCCCUUUCUCUCCGACAAAACUCAAUAGUUUUAAUGGACUUCAAUGCAGGAUUGGAAGAAGGAAAUAAUGUGAUGUCAUCAUUUAAUUUUUCAGUGCUGAAUGUUUGCGUUGUACUUUUUUUAAAAACACGUUUUCUUUUUGUUGAAUAGAUUAUGCAUUUGUUUUCUCUGACAGGUGAAUUAGAAGCAUGAGAAUCAUUACAGUAACCUGUUUAAUCACCAAAAUGUAUUUCAAGGGGCUGACAGUUUCUUAUGUCUUCAUAUUCUUAAGGAAAAAACUGACAAAGUCUUUUAAUUAAAUCCUUUACAGUACCUGCCCUCCAUCGUGAUCUUAAAAUCUGUAUAUACUGCCUUCUAGAUGAUGAACUUUUUCUCUCAUAGCUUUAAGGAUGGCUUAAAGUUUAAAAAACAGUGGUGUGUUAAAGUCAGUUUGGAAGCCAGUUUUUUCUUUUUUUUAAAUACAGCUUUUGGUUUAAAGGGCCAGUGUGUAUACGCACACCUGAUUGUACUAAUCAAGGCGCUUAGCAACGACUCUAGUGGUUGAUUAGUAGAAUCGGGUGUGUGCACCCACACUGGCCCUUUCUGGAUAAGACUGGGGACCCCAGCUCUAAAACAUGAAAAAGCACCUCAUUAAGGAAAAUUAACAGCUUGUUAAAAUUCUGGGAUUGCAGUUGAGGUUGGAAUGAAAACCAGCAUACGCAGUGGUCCCCCAGGACCGAGCUUGAGAACCACUGUGCUAAAACUACAUUUCCCAAGCUUACGGCAGAGAUUCAGAGACUUGCGCUGGAUCCUACCUUUUCGAAUUGAAUUCAGACAUUCCUAAAAAGCCGUGUGUAAAGGACCCUCUGUGCUGUCUCAGGUGAAAGUGCCUGAAGUGAGUACUUGAAAUGUUUUUGAUACUUCGGGGAAAAAGUGGACCCCCAAACCCCCCACCCCAACCCUCAAUGAUGUACUCAACUGCAGUGCUCCAAUUGUUUUGUACAUCACACUCUUUUCUACAUGUUUAGGGUUGGCAAGAGGAAUUGUGAUAGGUACUUUCAUAGACCUCAUUUUCCUUACAGACCAGCAGUUGCUCUGUUGUCCAGUUUUCAUUUUGGGGGGUCCCAAGUUGCCAAGAGGAAGCAAAUGAUGCCAUCACUUUAUCGCUUGGUGUCAAAAAAAGCCAAAUGAUAUAAUUUUGCCAUUUGAAUUAUUUCUUACAAUAAUAACCAAAAUAAUUUGUGAAUUACUAUGUUAAGCUUUUUUUUUUUUUUAAAGUACAAUACAGAAGUGUAUUUCAUAAAAGUAACCGUCGAUUUGCUUUUCCUCCAAUCGAGAUACCAUUUGCAAUAACCGAGAGAACAGAGGUCUGUUCCUCAGAAAACAGAAACUGGUUUGCGCUCGUACCUGCCCGGUUCCGUUACGUGCCGUUGCAACGGACGCGUGAAUAUUCACGUGCAGGACCCGCGAAUUAUUCUCCCUCCAGCCAGUCCUUUGCAUUGCAAAAUGUUUCUCGUGAACACGGACAGACCUCGUUUUGCGACGCCUUUGAUCGUCAUAAACCGCGAGAUCCCGGCGAUAAUUUGUAAUCAAAUCCCUGCUAGCAACGACUGCUUUUGUGUUACUUUUUACUUUUUUUUUUUUGUUGUAAUUACAGAAUAUGUGUGAUAAUUGCACAAAACGAUGCUUGAUAUGAAAUGAAGGCAGACAAAGAAAAGUUGUGUGCCGUUUCUCUUUUAGACCAAUGACAAGCGCCAGCGCCUGACCCAACGUGUCCAUGGCUGUGUGGUGUUACCUAUGGUUUUCGCUCUCAUUUAUUGUUGUGAACGCUGUUGUGUGCUGCAGCAUUUCCACGCUUGCUACACUUUGUUAAUUGUCUUUUAGUUGUUAUCGUUUUUUCAUUUUACCGAUGGGGAAGGGGUUUGCAAAAGUGUGAUGUCUCGUUUUAUCUAUAUGUUGAUGUAGUUUCCCCUGUUCCUUACUAACAUUAAGUAUGUUAUGAGAAUGGAUAUUUUACUGGCUUAUAGAAUGUUUUAAAUAUAAUAUUGUUUAUAAUGAUGACGAUAAAUUAAAUUCUUAACCGGUUGAGUACCUCCUACUAAGCGCUUGUGUUACCAUUAAGACGUUGUGUGCUUCUCUUAAUAAUCAUUUUCGUUGUAGAAAAAUGGAGUGCAUUUAUAUUAGUCUUCAACACCAAUAAUAGCAUUGUAAAUUUACCGAGGAUUUUAACAGAGAACUUGGUUAGAAAAUAUAGUUAUUUUGACUGUUCUAUUUACUAACUGUAGGGUGAGAGGGGGCUCGCGUUGUGGUGAACUUUGUUAUAGCUUGUUAUUCACUGUUACUUUUGAUCAUUUUUUCGGUCUCCGAGGUGAAUCGAGUUAUUAAAUGAGAAUUUGUAUGCUCACAUAUGCAUAUUGUAUAUGUGUAGAAAUGUAAUCACAAUUUGUCUUGGAUUUACAUUAAACUGUUGAGUCAUGGCGUC